AUGACUUCUGAAAAGAGAAUUGAUAUAACUCAGCCGCUAUGGGAUCAAAGCACUUUUGUAGGCAGAUUCAAGCAUUUUGCAUUCAUUUCAAACCCUUUACUGUCUCUGGCAUCUGAAAAAGAAUUAUAUGAAGCCAAAGACCUAUAUAAUAAAUAUAAACUAGGUCAAGAGCCCGCAGGUAUAUCCAUGUCCCAAGUAGUGAGAGCUAAACAAUUGUAUGAAUCAGCGUUUCAUCCAGAUAGUGGAGAGUUACAAAAUGUAUUCGGCAGAAUGUCGUUUCAAAUGCCAGGGGGGUGUAUUAUAACUGGGGCUAUGUUGCAGUGGUAUAGAACAACAACUGCAGUCGUUUUUUGGCAAUGGGUAAAUCAAUCGUUCAAUGCAUUAGUGAAUUAUACAAAUAGAAACGCAAAUUCGCCAUUAACAACUACGCAAAUGGGUGUUGCGUACGUUUCGGCGACCUCGGCCGCCAUGGCAACGGCGUUCACUUUCAAAUUUGGAAUACAAAAACGCGCCAAAAAUCCUAUUUUGGCUAGAUUUGUGCCAUUCGUAGCGGUAGCGGCAGCUAACUGGGUCAACAUUCCUUUGAUGAGGCAGAACGAAAUACUUUUAGGAUUAGAUGUGACGGACGAAAAUGGUAAAAUAAUAGGGAAAUCCCAGCUGGCUCCAGUCAAGGGGAUAUCUCAAGUAGUCACUUCUAGAAUAAUAAUGUGCUCUCCGGGAAUGUUGCUCCUACCAUUUAUAAUGGAACGGUUGGAACCGAAGGCGUGGAUGCAGAAGAUAAAAUGGGCCCACAUCGGCAUACAGACCGGCAUCGUGGGCAUGUUUCUCACUUUGAUGGUGCCGAUGGCGUGCGCGAUAUUCCCACAGAAAUGUAAACUUUCUAUAGAAACAAUCAAACGUUUCGAAAAGGACAGAUACGAGGAGAUAUUGAAGAACACCGACGGGAAACCCCCGGAGUAUGUGUACUUCAAUAAGGGUUUG